GUGGAACCAUCGAGCUGUAGCGCCUCGGAAAGGGGGAGUGGAAAGAGUGUGACACAGUUACCGAACUGCAACAAUGUAAACAGAAGAAACCACAGCAGCUCAUAGUUUCAAACGCUGAGUCCAAAAGGUGUGAAGGCGACAGUCUCAGAGUUCUUUGACAGUGGUGUGAGCGGGGGUAAACCAAGAUGGCCACCAGCCGCGUUCCACUAGUCUUGUUAGCCUGUGGCUCCUUUAAUCCCAUCACCAACCAGCACAUGCGGCUGUUUGAGCUGGCCAGAGACCACAUGCACAGCACAGGCCAGUACCAGGUGGUGGGUGGCAUCGUGUCUCCAGUGAGUGACGGCUAUGGAAAGCAAGGCCUGGUACUUGCUAAGCACCGAAUUGCUAUGGCAAAGCUGGCGCUCCAGAGCUCCAACUGGGUCACGGUUGAUGAAUGGGAGAGCAAGCAGCCAGACUGGACAGAGACUGUGGUCACCAUGAGGUAUCAUUAUGGGCGUAUUCUGAAGGAGUAUGAGCAGAGCACAGAAAGGAACAGUGACUCCAAUGAAAACACCACUCCGCUCUCAAAUCCCUGUCCCCAGCUGAAGCUCCUGUGUGGAGCUGAUUUCCUCGACACUUUCAAGAUCCCUGGCCUGUGGCGGGACGACCACGUGGAGGAGGUGUCUGGGCGUUUUGGCCUUGUCUGUGUCAGUCGAGGGGGGCUUCAGCCUGAGAGAGCAGUGCACGAGUCAGACACGCUCUCGCGCCACCGUCAAAACAUUUUCCUGGUGCGGGAAUGGGUGAGGAACGAGACAAGCGCCACAGAUAUCCGCCGGGCUCUGAGACGGGGGCUCAGCGUAAAAUACCUGAUCCCAGACACUGUGAUAGAAUAUAUUCAUCAGCACAACCUCUACACGGAAGACAGUGAGAGGAAAAAUAAAGGCACGGUGUUGAGGCCGCUCGCCAAAGAGGCACAACAGCUAGUGAAGAGUCUGGAUGACUAUGUAAAUGUUGCCAUCAGGAAAAUUGCAACCUUGUUGAAGCCUGACAAGGACAUCACCCAUGAUGGGGACCACAUCAUCAUCAAAACCCUCAGCACCUUCAAAAACUACAACAUGGACUUCUAUGUGGGCAAAGAGUUCGAGGAGGAUCUGUCUGGAGUGGAUGACAGGAAAUGCAUGACCACCAUCAACUGGGAGGGAGACAAGCUGGUGUGUGCGCAGAAGGGAGAGGUUGAAGGAAGAGGCUGGACCCACUGGGUGGAAGGAGAUGAGCUUCAUUUGGUUGUCACUGCCAAUCACUUUGAAGCUAUAAACCCACUUAUCAAUAGUUUUCUGCCCUCAUGCCCCCUGACUCAAAUAAAAGCAGGAGGACUCCCUGCACCUUCCCCCUCCUUACACUGUCUAAAGUCUACAACAACGCCAGCUGCCACCAUGCCUGUAGACUUCAAUGGGAAAUGGAUACUGGAAACCAGUGAGAAAUUUGAGGAUUAUUUGAAAGUGCUGAAUAUUGACUUUGCAACAAGGAAAAUUGCCAUCUCCCUGUCUCAGACCAAAGUGGUAGCUCAAGAUGGAGACAAGUUUGACUUCAAAACACUCAGCACCUUAAGGAACUAUGAGCUGGCCUUCACUGUAGGGGUUGAAUUUGAUGAGCACACCAAGGGACUAGACAACAGAAAUGUCAAGAGUCUGGUGACCUGGGAGGGAGACAAGCUUGUGUGCACUCAGAAAGGAGAGAAAGCCAACCGUGGCUGGAAACACUGGAUCGAAGGAGACAAACUCUACCUGGAGCUGACGUGUGAAGAUGUAGUUUGUGUUCAGGUGUUCAAGAGAAAAGAAUAAAAGGCAAAAUAUCUGUUUUUGUUUUCAUUUACUCAGUUAACAAGGUCUUUGUUUGCUCAAUAACAUGUUUUUAUCAAACUGAUGAACAAAAUAAAAAACGGUGCUUUUCAGACAA